AGCGUUGAAAGCCAAGGUAGCCAAGGUAGCCAUUCACUUGCCGACUCUCCGUCGAGCCAUGUUCAAAGGAGCAACCACAUGAAAGCGGCCGCGCUCAGCCUUGCCAGCGGGGUCGCGGCCGAGCAGCCUUGGACAGCUUUGGGCUUGGCUGGCAAUCUGAAUGGUAAUGUUCCGCUUGUGGCGGAAGCUGUUGAAUCAUGGCUCAGCUUGGGUGGCAGGGCCUUCGACACAGCUCUCAUGUAUUACAAUGACGAGGGCCUUCGUCAGGGUAUUCAGCAAAGUGGGGUGCGCGAGAGCGAGGUGUUUGUCACCACCAAGAUCCCGCCCGAGCGGAUGGGAUUUCAGGAGGCCUUGCUGGCACUGAACGAGACCCGAAGGAACGUCUUUCGUUCCAACAGGCCGCUGGAUUGCGUGCUGAUCCACUGGCCGGGUCGCGCCUGGCCGAAGCGCACCACUGACCCGCCCUGCGUCGUUGCUCGUGGCUCGCUGGCAGGAGACUGGUCCAGGUGUCGUCAAGAGACCUGGGCGGCCUUGCGCGAGGCGAAAGCCGCAGGAUUGGUUCGGCAGAUCGGAGUCUCAAAUUAUGAGGUGCCACAUUUGGAGGAGUUGCCGGAUGUGCCUGAUGUGCUGCAGAUGGAAUUCCACCCCUGGUGGAACCGAGUGGACCUCCUGCAAUGGUGUUUGAAGCGCAAAGUCCAGCCUGUGGCCUACAGUAGCUUGGGAGGUGCAUCCUCCGACUGGUUGGAUGUUCCUUCCUUGGUGCAAUUGGCCUCUGGGCAAGGGUGUACCGUGGCGCAGUUGCUGCUGAACUGGGCGGUGAGCCAGGGAGUGUCUGUCAUCCCGUCAGCCAGGAGCCGCAAACACAUGGCCGAAAACCUUCGAUGCUGCGAGAGGCCACUUCCAGCUGAGGUCUUGGACUUCGUCUCCCAAGUUGGGAGCCUUCAGCAACGCACCAUAGAGCCAGACCCACGCUUCGUCUUUGUUCCCGGUGUCCCGGUGGCUUCCUUUGGUGGCCCGGUGCCUCCGUCGCAUGCUCACUUGAACUUGUUUGGUGGAAUAGAGCAAUUUCACGCUGGCAGCCUUCGAAAGCAAUGCUGGGGAACAUGGAAGAAGCCGUAUCCAUGCUGCAGUCCAGAGUUCGGUCCGGAGGGUCUCUCAAGCUGUUGGGAUUCGGACAUGGAUUUUGCAGAAUGCUGCUUGCCUGCAGCAUACCUCAAAAUCGAAGUACCGGACAUGGGUCUAUUUUCGGCCGACGAGGACCUGGACUUUCUAGUCGUGGGUGCUGGCUCUGCCGGGAGCAUUGCAGCAUCUCGACUGGCCCGCAAGGGCUUCAAGGUGCUGCUCUUGGAAUCCGGCGGGGAGGGGCUGGCCUCUUCGAGAGGACAGUCUCACCCCAACCCCUCGGCCGCAGACCAGCUGCAGAGCUGGUUCGUGCACACCGUGGAGUGGAGCCUUGGCGAGGUGCUUCGCACCACUCAGCUCCUCCAUGGCAGAGGCCUGGGCGGCAGCUCGGCGGUGAAUGGCCGCAUCUACACCCGCACGGCGCUGCCCUUUGAAGGCCAGCUGGUCGCGGAGGCCUACGCAGACGUGGAGGCGGACUUGCGUCUCAGCCUGGAGGCGGAGGCGGAGCUGUCCGCCUGGCAGAAGGACCUGGCGCGGGGCCUCGCGGCCGCGAACGUGCCCUUCUGUGAAAAUGCCUCCAUGGGCACGAGGCCUGCGGUUGGCCCCGUGCAACGGAUCACGGGCUGCAGACAUGGGGGGCCGCUCUCUGCGUAUCAUUGCGCCAUGGGCGCCAUGGGCUUGCAGGCGGGGAAUGUAAAGUUGCUGCAGCAUGCCCACGUAGACCGCCUGCUCGUGGCUGGUGGGACUGCCCUUGGCGUCGAGGUUGGCAAGGUGACAUUUCGAUCCAGGUUUGGGGUUGUGCUCAGCGCCGGUGCUGUGCAAACUCCGAGCAUUCUGGUGCGCUCUGGUAUUGGCAACCGUGCGGACUUACAGCGUCUCGGAAUAGGUUUGAAGGUGGAAAGCCCACAUGUAGGCUUCAAUCUUCAAGAUCAUCCCUACUUGCCAUUUCGAAUCAGCACGCGUGUCUCAUGUGACCACACUGAAAAGGGUUUGUACGCGUUCUACUCGAAUGUGAGCAAUAUUGCGCAGAGCCGGAAGCAAAGAAUGUUUGAGUUGCAGUUGAUUCCUCAUUGCAGGGGUGAGUUGCCGACCUCAAAACUUGAGCUGAAGGGUUAUUUGAUCCUGCUGAAGGGGAAGACCAGCGGCCGAGUCGUUGUUCGCUCUGGCGACCCCAGGGACCCGCCUGGUAUCCUUCAGGACCCUUUUGCGGGUGAAGGCGCCGAUGCCUGGCAGUUGUUGGAAGGCUUGCGUGAUGUGUACCGCCUCUUGAAAUUCUAUUGGCGACCGGCUGGACCGUCCGGACCGCUUCUUCUCGAGCCGGCUUUCGACAGUUUGAUGGAGAAUGGCUUUGGAGGGCAGUACUGCGCGCAGCAUUUGGGGCUGUGGCAGCAUCCCAUGGGCUCUGCCCGCAUCGGGCCUGUGCUUGAUGCCAACUUGCGCGUGCGCGGGGUCAAGAAUUUGUAUGUUGCCGAUGCCUCUGCCUUGCCUGAUUGGGCACUGGCCGGUCAUCCGGAUGCAGGAAUCCGAGCUGUCGGAUCGCUGGCGGCACGGUUUGCCGCGGAGGAGGUGUCAAGCUCAAGGCGCGGAACCGAAAAAAUGUGUACGAUGCGCUUUGCAAGGUUCAUGCAUGGGAUUGGUUCAGCUUCGAGCUGUGUUGUUUCGGUGGACCCAACAUUUUGUUGCUAUCACUCGGAUUGA